AAUAAAAAAAAAAAACUGAAUUUAAAUUCGCAUUAAAAAAAUGUAUGCAAAUGAAACAACAACGUCAGCAGCGCCUUUUGUGAAUGAAUGAAUUAAUCGACAGCAACACGAUCUAAAUAUUGCAGUCGCUGCCUGCACAGGUACAUAUAUGUCAUGUCAAAUAGAAAAUCAAACAACAAAGCAAAAGAGCGCAAAACUUUGUCGGCAGCCACUUUGCAUGCAACGCACUAACCGAAAACAACAACAACAAGAACUGCACACAACAAACAACAUUGCAGUUCAUUAACGAAUUUCAUGUGUUAUUCUAUAAAUUCUUGUCGCUGUCAUGUUGUCAACGUGUCACACUGCAGCAUGUAAGUGUGUAUGUGUCUACGAUCACUAAUCCUUGAUAUUCGUAGCAAAAACAAGAAAAAAAAACAAAAAACAAACAAAUAACGCACGUGUUGCAUACAAAAUAAAAUAAAACGUCAAACGAACGCAAAUAAUUAUGCAAGUGCAGAGUAACAUAAAUCAAUCAAAUCAAAAACAAACGCACAAAAUAAUAACAACAACAACAGCAAAACUUUUGAUAUGCAUUUUAACGACGUGCAAUAAUUUAGGCGCCACUUGCGCUGAUUAGCAGUGAUAUUUAGCUUAUAAUCGCAUUUAAAGCGUCGUAAUUGCACACACACCCACACAUAUACAUACAUAAAAUAGUGUUUAGUGAAGGUGCUCGUGUCUAUAUGUCGUUAAAUGUGAAUUUAGCAAAAGUGUUAACAAAUAAAUUCCAAUUUUUUUUCCGAUAACAAAAUUGUACAAAAAUGCCGAAGGAACGCAACUUCAAGCCUUCGGAGGCUAGUGAGCGUCGAGAAUUACUAAAUUUCCCGCCUAAAGCGCAGGUAGUGCAACGUAGAACUAGCGAUGGCAAGCUGUAUGUACCUCUACCGCUCUCCGAGGAGUUCACCGAGAAAAAUGCGGCCACGACGGACUGGACUUUGGAGGCACCGUUGGCGUUGCAAGAGUUGCUAGCAGGUGAUGAAGCCACACCGUUUGGUAAUCAACAUAACCGCAAACAACCGUCCCCAACGCACACACACACAGCUAAUGACUGUAAAUUAAUACCAGCAACAACAACUACUGUGACGUCACAAGCACAAGCGCAACAAUAUCAACAGCAACCGCUGUACAAAAAACACAAACAAAUGACGGCGAAACGUAAAAAUUCCAAUUCCAAUGAGAUCAACAACACUGCAACGAGCGAAGCGCCACCUGCCAAUACAACGACGAACACGACGACAACAACAGUGACGUCAGCGGCGAACGCAAGAGCAAACAGCGGCACGAUCGCCGCCAAUAAUGGCCCCUCACCGCUAGCGACAGCGCCAACCACGCGGCGGGAACCACACCUAAGCACGAGCAGCAAUGGUGAAGAUGAGACCGAUGUAAUUGGCGAUUUGGUGGGGCAUUUCGGCAAGUGGCAAUGCCUAAUGACAAUGCUAUUGUCGCUGUUUCAGGUGCCGAAUACAUUUCACAUAUCGUCGUCGGUUUAUCAGGCGAUCAACAAAAACUUCUGGUGCAGCCGACCGCCGCACUUACAACACUUGCCGGUGGAUGUGUGGCGCAAUCUGAGCGAUUCGCAGGACAAUUGCUUUCAGGCGAAUAUAGACUGGAGUCAAGUGGGCAACGACAGCUUGCAGCUGCAGCCAGCAUUGCAACAACUGAUACGCCAACAACAGCAAUCACAAGGCAUUUUACCACACGACGUCUCGGCAGUGUCGGCAUUUCACAGUUAUCUGCUCUCACCGCUGGCAGUUGUGCAGAAUGAGACACGCAUACCCUGCACCGCUUGGGAAUACGACGCCAAUGACAAUUUGGGCAACACAUGGACUUCACAGUGGGAUUUGGUGUGCGACAAGGAGUACAUUAAGAAUGUGGCGGAGAUGUUCUUUCUGCUGGGUGUGGCAACAGGUGGCAUACUGUCGGGCUAUUUGUCGGAUAAAUUCGGCCGCAAGAAGAUGCUCUUCGUAUCUGCUGUGCUGCAGACGAUAUUCGGUUUGGUGCUGUAUUUCCCAAAAUCUUUGGAAAUGUUUCUGCUGCUUCGCGCCCUACUAGGUUUAGUCUCCGUGUCCGUCACAUAUGCUGGUCUCAUUUUGGCCAUUGAGUAUGUGGACGGCAAAUGGCGUACCAUAGCCGGCAUGUACAAUUUAUUUCCACUGCCAAUAUCGUACAUGUUGAUCGCCGGCAUCGCCUAUCUGACGCAGGACUAUCAGCGGCUACAACUCUGCAUCGGCCUACCGGGAAUAUUUCUUUGCUUUCUAUGGUUCGUCGUGCCCGAAUCUCCGCGCUGGCUUUUGGUCAAAGGUCGCAUUGCCGAUGUGAAGAGUAUAGUCGAGCGUGCCGCUAAAUUCAAUGGCCGGCAACUACCACCAGACUACGAGUCCAUGUUGAAACCACCACCGCAGGAAGACUCAUCACAAAAUUGCAUCAGCCUCUUCAAUUCGGGUUAUCUGCGCUGUGUGACAAUUUGCUUUCUCUGCAUUUGGUUUACCAUGAAUCUGGUUUACUAUGGACUCAUACUGAAUAUGAGUUCGUUUGGCGGAAAUGUUUACUUGAAUUCGGCUUUAGCUGGCCUAGUCGAAAUCCCCGCCAUCGCCAUCGCCAUGUACAUCAUCACAAAGGUUGGCAAAAAGUGGCUCUUCUGCGCCACAUUCUUCUGCACGAGCAUCGCCUGCUGUUGCGCGGCCAUUACCGAGGGCAAUGAUGACCAGCUCUGGCUGAAGAUUACAUUCCUCAUGAUUGGCAAGUUCACCAUCAGCGCCGGCAACACCAUUAUGCCGGUCUACACCGCCGAGCUCUAUCCGACCGCCAUUCGUAAUGUGGGCGUGGGCGCUUGUAAUGUCGCCGCCGGUGCCGCGCUGAUACUCACGCCAUAUUUGUCGUUGUUGAAUAAAAUUGAGAUUCAUUUCAUGAUGACACUGCUGACAGCUUUUGCAUUCUUUGGCGGAUUUGUGGUGCUGUUCCUGCCUGAAACUAUAGCUGCUCAAACGAAAACGGAACCGCGUGAGGAGAAAUGUUAGAAUUGUUAAAAUUUAGCUGAGAUAACUUCCAGCAACUGAUGCCACAAAGGCCACAAGCCAAAAUGAGAGGAAAAGAAACAAUUCUUGUCAAAAUACGACGAAUUUAGUAAGCAAAAGAAAUUUGGUAAACUCGCCGAAAACACACAAAGUUCAUGUGAAAGCAUACAACUAUUUAAAGGCAAAUGUAAAGCAUUAACAGUAUUUUGGCUGGACCAAAAUGUAUGAAAACAAACUCACUAACUAACUGUAAUAGCAGGUAAUAGCAACAAACAGUUGAUUGAAGACUUCCAUUUCAAGCAAAAGCCUAGCACAGCAAGUACUUGCUUAAGCAAACUUACAUACAUAUGUAUAUGGUAUAAAGAAUAACGGUAAAUAAUUGCAAGCACAUCAUGUAACGGUAAUGAAAAUGUUGAAAUGCUGUAAUUUAAAAAAUCGUUUAUCAAAGCUCAGAGAAUUAAUGAAAGCUUACAACAAUUCGAUUCAAAAGCUGAAGUAAAGUGAAAGUUCCAAAUGUUAAAAUCGCUAAAAUUACUGUUAUGUAUGUAAGUUCUCAAACAAACACUUUUAUUAUAAAAGAAAUAAAAAUAAAUAAAAAAUAUUAAAAUAAAUAGAUUAAUGCACCCAAGUUCCAUAAAAAACUACUAAAUACAGGCAGGACCUUUUGUUGCAAAUUCAUAAAGUUUAAGAAAAUUGUUUUUAAUACAAAAUGUUAAGGACAAAAAUAAUAAAAAUUAACUAAACUCACAUAUUUUUAAUUAAAAACAAAAAAAAAUAGUUAUAACAAUAAAACAACAAAGAAAUAUAAAAAUUGAUACGGUACUAAAGUAUUUCUACUAUAUAUAAAUGUGUGCUUAACUAUAUAUACUUAAAUAUAUAUAUAUAGUUAUUAAAUUUCAUAAUUAAGUCAGUAGUAAUUAAGUAGUAUUUUUAUGCCGUUAAGAAAAUAAUUUAUGCCAGAAGGCACUGAAAAUUUAGCGCAAAACAAUUUGUUUGGUUUUGAGUGAAAAAUAGCGAAGUCAAAAUGAAUUAUUUGUAUAACUUUAAAUUUAAGAAAGAUUUAUAAUUUUUAUAUGCACUAAAAUAAUAUUAAUAAGUGGAAAAAUUAUUAAAUAAAUGCAGUAUGUUGAAAAUAGUAAAAUAAACAUUAUUUAAUCAACGAAAUUCCGAUUUAAGUGUAACAAAUUAAAACAAAUGUAUAUAUGUUGACUAUAAUUAUCAAAAAAAAACUUCUUGAAAUAUUUAUUUUAUUUUUAUAUAUAAAGGUGGGUGAAAAAAAUAUUUUUUGUUGGCAUGAUGUUCUAUAAAAUUCAUAAGAAGAGAGAAUUGCUUUAAAAUGAGCAAGCUACUACCGUUAAUAUCUUUUAAACAGUUAGGUUCACGAAUGAAUCUUAAGAGAUCAUUUUGUAGAGCAUUGAACUUGUCACAAAAUUUGUGAAGCAAGAUAUCUAAAGUAGUUAUAAGCGAGAUUUCAAUCUUUCUAACUGUUUAUAAGAAAAAAAUAGAAAAAUGUAAGACGAUGGACUUUCGCGUUACUUUGAGGGACUUUUUUGGAGGUGUCUCAGCACCUAUUUUUCAGCGUACCAAGCGGAAAAAUUUUAGUUUUUUUCACACAUCUUAAUAUAAAUCAUUUUAUAUUUAUUAUUUUAUUGCAUUUUAUGUAUUUAUGUAUACUUUUUUAAUUUUACCAUACAUUUUUUUAACAUAAAAAAAUUAAAUAUAAAUUAAAUUUAGACUACAUUUAUUUAAAAAAUAGUUUUUACACAAAUUUAAUAUAAUAAAAAAUAUGUGUUGUUGUAGUAAAAUCAUUAUUAUUGUUAUUUUUUUUUUAAUUUUAAUUAAAUACGGGUUAUUUACCGUUAUUUUAUUUUAUUCAGUAGUUUUUUCCAUAUAUUUUAGUUUCCCUUUGACUAAUUUGUUCUCAUUUCUUCAUUUAAUUUUUAUAAAAAAACAUAAUUAAACUUUGAUUGCACAGAAAUUGCUCUUAAAUUAUUUAUUUCACUUACAAAAUAUAAAUCAUGCAAUUAUAUGUGUCUAUUUAACAAAUAUUUAACAUAUUUUUAAUAUUUUUUAUUUUCAUUUACAUAUUUCCAACACUGUUUUGCUUUUUAUUUUAUUUAUUUUUUUUACCUACGAAAUUAUUAAUAUUUUAUUGCUCACAACUCAAAGUAUUUCAAUAUUAUAAUAAUUAUAUAAUACAAUACCAGUUUUACUGAAUUUUUUUUAUUUAUUUUAACUAUUUCAAAUCACUUUUCAUUUAAUUAUUAUUUGCUGUUCAUUUAAUUAAUGUUUUCGUAUACACAAAUUUCUUUAUAAUAAAUAUGUCUUCUGAACUUUGCAGUCAUAAAAUUUAAGCACUUACACAACAACAAAAACACAAGUGCUAUUGUUGCAAUAAUUUCCAAAAUUGCACAGUCAAUUAGUUAAAGUAGGAAAUUUUAGUGCCAAAAAAGACAAGCAAAAUUAAAAUUAUGGUCAAUUAAAAAAGUUAUGUGCAUAAAAUAACGUUUCUUGGAAUAAAAUAUAGUAAAAAAAGUAUAAAAUUAAAAUUAUUUUUUUUAAUAAAAAAAAAGUAUUUUCAACAAUAUUUUUGAAUUUCAUAUAAUUCUAGGAUUUGUUAAACACAAACAAAACAAAAAACAAUAUUUUUUAUUAAAAAAAAAGUAAUUUUAAUUAUUUCUUAAUUUUUUUUAAGCAAAAACUACUAUUUUAUUUCCUAAAAUGAUAUGGAAUUAAAUAAUAUUGCUGAUAUAACAAAAUUGUAAGAAAAUGUUAAAAUAAUUGGCACAAUUAAAUAUAAAAGUAAAAUAAAUAAAGUAAAAAGUAUUCAACAUGUGGCCCUUGAAACUAAAACAACACACAGCGAAAAUAUUUAUACGCAAUGGCGUGGCAUUUAGUAAUAAAUUUCUUCAAAAAGGAUAUUCACAGUGUUUCAACAUUUUCCUUUUUUAUGGUUGUUAAAUACUAAAUUAUUAUUAAAAAUUAUAUAAUUAAAAAUAUUUAACUUUAUUUAAUGCCGCUUAGAUUACUAUAAAAAAAUUUUAUUUUUACUUAGCGGCAGAAUUUUUUUGAGAAAAAAUAAAAAAGUCAAAAAAAAAUAUUUUAAUUUAUUAUCGAAAUUUUUAAUAGGUUUUUGUUUAAUUAAUUUUUUAACUUUAUUUCUGCUGUCAUAUAUUUUAUAAAAUUCUAAGAAAAUAGAGAGAAAUGAUAAAAUUUCAACGAGCACGUGAAUACCACCUUUUAAAUUUCCACUUAAAAAUAGGCAAUUUUGCUAUAAAUAGUUAUUUAUUAUAGUACUAUAUAUAUGUGUGUACCUAAAUGUUUGUAUGUAUUUAUAUACGCUACUUCCAAACUAACUGAAAAUUUCAUAAAUAAAAAAUACAUACAAAAUUAUUAUAAAUAAAAAUAAAUAAAUAAUUAUUAUAAACAAAAUAUUAUUAUAAAUAAUAAAAAAUAUAUGCUUAUGUAUAAUUACAACAAUGUAUUUAUGUAUUUUGUAGAUAAGUAGUUUUAAUACAAACAUACAUAUAUUAUAUGUUGAUCAAGCAUAUCACACAGUCAAUUGGUCACAAAGUAUCUUGCAAUAAAUAAUGAGCAAAUUCAUUUUUAAUUAUUUAGCUUUUUUUGUAUAUAUUAUAUAUUUAAAAUAUCUAUAAUUAAAAAAACUAAAUAUUAAAUAAUUUAUUAGUAUUAAUAUACGUUAUGAUUUUCUUAUUAUUAUUUUGUGAUUUUAUGUUUUUGAAAAAAAAAAAAAAUGUUUUUGUUAAGCUAUGUACCGUAUUUUUAUGUAAUUUUUAUUCAAAGAUAAAAAUAUAAAAAAAAAUUCUUUCGUUUAUUGUGUGAAAAAAUUACUGUUACUGUAUUAUACAUAAUUUUUAACAGUUUUAUUGAAAAUAAUUUAUUUUAGUUCUGCUUUUAUAUAAACCUUUUUUCUUGUUGCCAAAUAAUUAAUAAUUUAGCUACGUAGUGGUCGUGAAGUACUUAUGUUCUAUAUUCAUUAUACAAAUUUUAUGAAAAAUUUCAAACAAAAAUCCAUAGUUAGCAAACGAGACAGUAAAAUGUUUAUAAAUAUGGCAACUCAUUAGAAAAUAUCAUUGUGAAAAUGUUUCUAAUUCUGACUCCACAAAUAAGCAUACAUACUUGUAUGAACAUACAUAUGUAUAUGUAUUAACAGUUACAUAUGUAAAUAUACAUAUUUUUAACCAACUUAAUUAUUAGUAAUGCAAUUAUUACUUUUUAUGUACUUAUUAAAGUAACGGUUAAGUUUGUGUUUGUACAACGUUUUCAUAUAUUUUUUAUACAUAUUUCUUAUAAAAUACACCAGAGCUGCAGCAACAGAAUCAAUUAUAUGUAAAAUGCAUAAAAAAGAUUAAUAACUUGUGUCAAAUUAGUAAAUAGCAGUGAUUAAGUACAUAUGUAUGUGUAUAAUAUUAGCAAAGUAAUUAUAUGAGUAAAAUAAAAAAUCCAGUUGUUUAUUUCUCUGUUGUAUAUUUGUCUUGAUAAGGCCAAAAGUAAUGUGCAAUAAAACAAAUAAAGUGAAAUAAAUUAUUAAGUGAAAUGUUGAAACAAA